CCUGUUUUCUCACCACUUUCCUUUUCAUCAACCCUUUUGACCAUCUGGGCUAGAUGGUCAAUAUUGGCUGUGUGGUACAAACUUGAAAGAGGAAUCCCAAAAGUGUCUUGCCUAGGAGUAUCCCCCAUUUUUCACAGAUGCAGUAAACCUCAGGAGCAAUGGCAGGCGCUGGAGAGCGCAAAGGAAAGAAGGAUGACAAUGGCAUUGGCACAGCCAUUGAUUUUGUAUUGUCCAAUGCUCGACUUGUCCUGGGUGUGGGAGGUGCUGCCAUGCUGGGGAUUGCCACCUUGGCUGUUAAGCGGAUGUAUGACCGGGCAAUCAGUGCUCCAGCCAGCCCCACUCGCAUGAGUCAGUCAGGAAAGAGAAGCUGGGAAGAACCAAGUUGGCUUGGAUCAUCAUCUCGGUUAUUGAACCAAGAUAUGAAGACUAAUAUUAGCCGCUCUCUGCAGACCCUUCCCACUGAUUCUUCAGAUUUUGAUAUAGAUUUGAUCAAAUCCACAAAGCAGAAAUCAUCCAUCAAGAAAAGCCAGGUGGAGCUGAAGAAGUCCCGCCUCCGAAUGUCCUUGCAAGAGAAGCUGUUUGCGUAUUACCGGAGGAAGGUGGCCAUCCCAACAGAAGAGCAGGCCAAAGCCAAGCAGGCUGCUGUAGAUAUAUGUGCAGAACUGCGUGGUUUCCUCCGUGCCAAGCUGCCAGACAUGCCUCUCCGUGAAAUGUACCUGAGUGGUAGCCUCUAUGAUGAUUUGCAGGUUGUGACUGCUGAUCACAUCCAGCUCAUGGUUCCUCUGGUGUUGGAACAGAACCUGUGGUCCUGCAUUCCAGGUGAAGACACCAUUAUGAACAUCCCUGGCUUCUGCCUGGUACGUCGGGAAAACCCAGAAUACUUCCCUCGUGGUAGCAGUUACUGGGACCGCUGUGUGGUGGGGGGCUACCUUUCACCCAGGGCUGUGUCCAGCACCUUUGAGAAAGUUGUGGCAGGCUCCAUCAACUGGCCAGCUAUUGGGACCCUCCUAGACUAUGUGAUCCGUCCAGCAGCACCCUUGGAAUCUCUGACGUUGGAGGUCCAGUAUGAAAGAGAUCGGCGUCUUUUCAUAGACUUCUUGCCAUCUGUGACGCUAGGUGACACUGUCUUGGUAGCCAAACCACACCGACUGGCCCAGUAUGAUAAUCUGUGGCGGCUCAGUCUUCGGCCGGCAGAGACAGCUCGCCUGCGGGCCUUAGACCAGGCUGAUUCUGGCUGCCGUUCCUUGUGCCUCAAGAUCCUCAAGGCCAUAUGCAAGCUGAACCCGGCGUUGAGUCACCUUUCUGCCAGCCAGCUUACCAACGUCAUACUGCACCUGACACAGGAGGAGACUGACUGGUCACAAGACAUGCUCGCUGACCGUUUUUUGCAGGCCUUGAAAGGGCUCAUUGGCUAUUUAGAAGCAGGGGUCCUUCCCAAUGCUUUGAAUCCCAAGGUGAACUUGUUUUCAGAGCUUACUCCUGAAGAGGUGGAUGAGUUGGGUUACACUCUGUACUGUUCCCUUUCGGAACCAGAGGUCCUACUGCAGACAGAAUAGCUGCCUUAUGCGUGAGAACAGUGUUGGAGCUUCCUGUCCACAACAGGUUCUCUCUGACACAUCCUGAGUGAGAUAUGCAUACCCUGCCCCAUUCUUUUCACAAGUUCCUCCUGUUUUUCUUUCCGUUUUUAUCAUACCGUGAGAGCAGGAAGGUACAUUAAAUUUCUUGGUGCUAUUAGUCCAGUUCCAUUGCCCGCAUAGUCAUUGUCUCAUGGGGCAAGAAAUUAUGUGGAUUGGCUGCUUGGUCUAUUAGAAAGUCCUUGCUGUGGUUCCAGCUGCCUGUCCCAACCCUGUGCAACCCGCUGCCCCAGUAAUAUGCUAUGACUUGUUGCACUGAAAACUCACUCCCACCUAGGAAAGUGUGGAAUUGGGCCAGUAACCUACUGCCAAUUUUUGGAAACAUCUAAAUAUGGUGAUUCUGUGCCCUCUUCCCCCAAGGGAUUCAGUGCCCUAUUGUUGGUUUGUGUGUGGGAGUCUGGUUUUGUUCCUCUCACACCCCAAAGUGCAUGGCAGUCUGGAUGAAAAGUUUCAAUAGAAAUAUUUAUAGUGGAGAAUGUAUUUGUGUGAGCUCUGUGCAUUGAUUGUAUUUAUAUUUGCCGUGGGGGGGGGUGUGUGUGUCCAGAGAGAGUUUGCACAUUUGCAUAGGUUCUCACCAAUGUAUGCCCAUUUUUGGGAAACUAGGGAUAAACUCUCCAGCCAAUUUGAUGCCCUUCAAUGUACACAAAUUUGGUUCUUUUAUUGCAUGCAUGUUUGCAAAACUGGCGCUAGACCCUUAACGUGUCUAGAAGAAUGUAGGGAGAGCAGUUUCCUGUAUGUGGCUAUCAAGAACACUUCCUACUACAAGUGGUAACUGCCCAAGAAAAUGCAAACUGCUAGGGAAAACACAUUAUUUAGCUUUUAUUUGACAUAGAACAAGUAGCUCUGGAAGUAAGGUGCCAUAUUUUCAAAUAUUUCCUUUUUGAACAAUCAAAUUCUUGCUGAAAGCACUAUGGCUGGAGUGUGCUAUGAGUAGUUGAGGUUCAGACCUUCAUCACCCAAUUGCUAGAAUUGAUGGUCACUACCUUGUACCUGCCAAACUUUAGAGCCAUAAAAUGACUAGUCACUGGAAACAAGAGACGAAGGUUCUACAGGAAGGCAAAAGAAAGCUUGAAUAAAAAGUAAAAUUGUGCUUUUAAUACGCUUUUUAAGAAGGUGGCACAUUUCACGCUUAAUCACCUUGCCCCUACUGCUUUUAAGGAGUCAUCAGCUUUAAUUUACACAGUGCUGCUCUGCAUCUCUGGCUGCUCCAUGAGAUAAUGGCACAGCUCAGGGAGUGGCCACUCACUCUAGCUAUGUCUCCCGCUCUGCAGACAUGAAAUGGGCAUUGACUGUGAAUGUCUUAUCUCUCAGGAAUGUUUGGUUCUGUUAUUGCUGCCAUCACCAAAAAAGAAAGAAAAGUAACAGGGGGCACCCUAAGUGGUGAGAUUCUUGUGUGUCGCGUCCGCGUUACAAGCACUGCUAUGGUUGUGUGUAAUUUUGCAGGCAUGGCUCCGCUGUUUUCACAUCUGAAAUGCUCACCCUUGCUGCUGAAAAGGCAGCAUAAAUAAUGAGAUAAUUUGUAGGUAUAAGGAACAAGUGCCCUUUCCUGUUCCUUUUUUUUUUAAGGUGGUGCUUAUGUUAAUAAGUUACGCCUUUGGUGUGGUUCCAGAGUGGAGGCUUUAAUCUAUAUACCAACUUAA